AUGGAGUCGUCAGCAUGUUCCGCCGCCUCUUCCACACGCAGCGGCACCGGUUUUCGCUUCGGCUUCAAGCUCCGCAGAAAGUUUGGCGCCCGGUCGGUGCAGUCGUCACCGAAGGCACCGCACACCUCUCGCACGAGCGCCGCGGACUCUGUCUUGACCGUUUCCAACUCUUGCAUCUUCUCCUUGAGAUUCGGUAUCAUGUCCGCGAGUCUGAACUUCCCAUCACUUGGCAUACCCAGAACGGUCUUGGCGUUCUCGAUCGCGUCACCAGUUUCGCAGCACAGCGAUGAGAGCUUCUCACCCACCGCAGCGCUCUUUGCUGCACUCACCUCCUGCUCCACCGAUUCAUCGUCGGUGUCUAAGUCGUCGGUGGAGCCACCGAGGGCCUCAAUGCCUUUCCGCAUAACCCCACGCAGUUCUUUCACCUCCAGACCCUUGCUGCGGAUGUGA